AUGAUCCAGAAGGAUCGUAACGGCGCGGUGGCGGACAUCAACAUCACACAAAAACGCGUGUGGAGCGUAUUUACCGCUGUUGCUGCUGCUACUGCUGCCCUGCCGCUGCUGCAGCUACUGCUCUGCUGCUGCUGCUCCUACUGCUUUGCUGCUGCCGCUACUACUGCUGCCUCCAGUUGCUGCUGCGACCAAGUGAGACUGCGUGAGGACACGGACUGCAAGCCUCCGCAAGUCGUCACCGCGGCGGCGCACUACAGAAGCAGACACUGA